AUAGAUGUUCAAAAUGUUGUAAUUUUAUCUUUAGUAAAUCAUUAUUAUAUCAUUUUAUGAGAGAAUUUCAUCUACUUGUUGAUAUUCACGUAUCCUUCCUUGAUAUGAUACUUGUCAUAGAGAAAUAUUUAUGGGGAAUUAUUUAAUCCUUAAUGACAUCUAAUCCUUGCUAGAAUUUAAUAAGUCAAAAAAAACUACUAAAAGAACUCUCUUAUAAAUUGAAAACGAAAAUGAGUAGUAAGUAAGAACUUGAAAGCUUUUAGUUUUAUACAUAAAUUCACAUUGAAGAUGAUUGUGAAAAUAGUCGAAGUGUAGUGUUGAGGACAAGGAAAUUUGGACACAUAAAUUACCUCAUAUUGGGUUGCAUAAUCUUGGUAUUUACUCUAUAUUUUGUUGCUCAUUCUCUAAUUAAUUUAAAUCCAUGUAUUUCAAGUUAUUCUACCUUGGCAAUUCUAUUAGGGCUAUUUUCUUGGUCUCCAUACGAAAUGGCAGACUAGGUAUUUAUGUUGUUAUUUUUGGUACUUGCAAUAUUUUUGAUAUUUGAGAUUGAACUUGAACUGGCAUUCCUCGUGUGUAAUGGCAUUGUUAAUAUAUUAUUUGAGCUUUACUAUCAUCUUUUCAAUAUCCUUAUAUCACAUUGUCUUAACUGUCUUUAUGCUGCAACAUUGUUGGCAAAUGAAACCCUUGUCAAAAUGAGAUCAUUGAAUCUUGAUGGUUCUGUUUGGACUGCUUUUUAUGCUGAUCAAUACUUUGAUUUUAGAUUUUAAUGACGAGUUCUUCAAUUUCAUCACGGUAAUGAUGAGUUCUUCAAUUUCUAUGUGAUGCAAAUCUUUGUGAUGUUAGUCUUUUCAUGCCCAAAUGAACUAUCUUUGAAUCCAUGCUGCUCAUAACUUCUCAUUAUGGGACUGCUUGUGUUUUGAAUAAUUGACUAUAUCGUUUCUUUUGAGAAUGUUGUGCCUUUUACUGUCUUAGGCCUCUUUUCUUACUGUGUUGACUUUGGUGGUGACCAUCACCGUCAAAUGGCUUCACAUGAGAGAACCAAAAAUCUACAUAUAUAUCUCAUGGCAUUCUUCCAUGGAUUAUGACUGUGAUUAUGAUUGUCUUUUUCUGUAUUUUCAAUUUUUUUAGAGUAUACAAAACUUUUUCUAGUGGCCAUGGGUGCUAUAUGCAUAUGUUCUGUAAUCAAUAUUUUCUUAUUUUUAUGUCAUUUUCUAUUUUUUUAAGAAUGUGGUCAUGGAUGCUACCAAUUCUGCUACGGGGGAUCCUCCGAUCUUAAAUGCUUUGAUUGAUAUGUUAAAAAAUGGACGAGGGCAACAAAUUACUAUGAUGGUGCAUGAGGCAAUCUCGAAAGUAACUCCAUCGAGCGUGAAUCUUGUUGGCAUGAAGGAUCCAGCUGUGCCGUCCACUACAUCUACUGUUAUGCCAGACGAUAUUUCAAGGGGUACUCCAACAAACACUAAUGUUCCUGAUGUGGGUUCAGUCAGAAUUCUCCCACCAACAACCGAACAAGUUUCCUUGAGGAGUCUCAUAGAUUCACAAUCAAGAAUACUAAGGCUCCUACCAGAUACUCCUGAAAAUGUUCCAACCAGACAAGAAAUACUUGUACAAAUUCAGUUAUGGGAAAGGGCAUUGUUGGAGAGUGCAAGGCCUACCUCAGAUGAACAGGAAAUAAAUGACAAAGUGAUUGAUGCACCUAUAGGAGCAUCUACCUCAACCCCUAAGACUACAACAAUAUCCUCAGUGACUACAAAAGGAACGCAAGAAGUUACAAUCUUGCUCACCUCAGAAGGAAAUGUCUUGAAGGAUGAAGUGGGGUUAAAAAAUUUUCACUUUAUUUUUUGUUGUGCAGAACAAUUAUUUGGAAAUACCAUUCAAAUGGAUUGGAGGAAGCAAUCCAAUGCUAAGAAAGAGGAACUCUUUAAAGAUGUCAUAACAGCAUUUGGAAAUCCAGGUUUUAAUAAGGAUAUCAUUCUUGAUAUUGCACGGAAAUACAUGCACUCUAAACGAGAUAAUUUAAGGUCGAAGCUGACAAAAGACUUGAGAUAUCCACGUCCAGCUUGGAUUACAGACCAAGUGACAUGGGAUGAACUUAUGAAAGAUGCCAAAUUUAAGAGGAAAUCCCACAAUAAUCCAAACUAUAGGACAUCUACACAAGGAGGAUCUAAAAGAUGCCUUCGAGAUACACCAAAAGCAACCCAAGCUAGGGUGUCAAGUAUUGGAUCCGAUAAAUUAGGAUCUGGUGGGUAUAAUAGCAUUCGUGGUGGUUUGGUUCACCAAUUUCAAAAGGAAGCUUCAGAGGAGGACCUAAAAUAUGCUUUAUUACAUGGUUCCCAAGGCCUACGACAACAUUUGGUAGAUCGAGGGGAGAUUUUAGUGAGUGGUCAUGAAUCUGAGGAAACCAUCUUUGAAUUUCAACAAGUGAGAGACAACAAUAUGGAGGAGGGUGUUCAAUGUGAUGAACUAUCCACACCCACAAUCAGAAAGGUGCCUCGUAAAAGAGGACACAAAGCAAGAGGAUGGAUAGAAACAAGUGAACAAAAGACAUGUUUGCUUCCUAUCAUUGUUCAGUUUUCAUUGCUAUUAUAAACCUAAUUUAUAUCAUCAUAUUUUUUUAAUUAAUACGUGUGAAUUUAUUUA